AUGACGGGAGGCACCGGCCAGAAGUUCGAGGCAGCAGCGACCGUGAUCGCUGGUGUAGCGUCCCUCGCCGCGACGCUGCUCUCCACUGUGUCAAUAUGGCUACAGACCAAGAACUACCGGAAACCGUUGCUGCAACGAUAUGUGGUUCGCAUUCUGCUCAUGGUUCCCAUAUACUCGGUCUCGUCAUGGACCAGCAUGGUCUCCCGCACAGCAGCCGACAUCCUCAACCCUAUACGGGACGUCUAUGAGGCCUUCACAAUAUACACCUUUUUCCAGCUAUUGAUCAACUACCUUGGCGGUGAGCGAGCUCUCAUCAUCAUGACACACGGCCGCGAACCGGUUAACCACCUCUGGCCGCUGAACCACAUCCUUCCCCGAGUCGACAUAUCCGACCCCCAUACCUUCCUCGCAAUCAAACGCGGUAUCCUGCAGUACGCGUGGCUGAAGCCAAUACUCUCCCUCGCCGCCAUUAUCAUGAAGGCUGCGGGUACAUAUCAAGAGGGCUACAUCGGGCUUAAGUCGGGCUACUUCUGGAGCGGCAUCAUCUACAACAUCAGCGUCACCGUCAGUCUCUACUCGUUGGGGAUGUUUUGGGCUUGCAUGCACAAUGACCUGAAACCCUUCCGGCCGGUUCCAAAGUUCCUUUGCGUCAAGCUCGUCAUCUUUGCCUCGUACUGGCAAGGCUUCUUAUUGUCCAUCCUCGUCUGGCUUGGCGCCAUCCCUGAUCAAGUUGAAGGUUACACCCCAGAUAACCUUGCGGCAGCCAUUCAAGAUUUCUUGAUUUGCGUCGAGAUGCCGGCAUUUGCUGUUGCUCAUUGGUAUGCCUUCUCGUGGCAUGACUUCGCUGACAAUCGGAUCGCCUCGGCCCGGAUGCCCGUAUUAUACGCAGCCAGGGACGCCUUCGGAAUUCUCGACCUUAUUCAGGAUUCAAAGGAGACUUUCAAGGGUGACAAGUAUGGCUAUCGCAUUUUCGACUCAGGAGAUAAGAUCAUGGCCCAUGAGGCCUCUCGGUCACGAUUAGCUCGUAUAAAGGAUGGAAUGCGAUACGAACGAGGAGGUAAAGGGAAGUACUGGAUACCAAGGCCGGACGAGAUCAACCAGACAACGCCGCUUUUGGGGGCCAAUGGAGGACCUAGCAGAAGGAACGGGUCGCUCUCGCCGCACACCAAUAGCCUUGAUGAGCUCGUUCUCGACCCUGACGAGGAGCUUCUGUAUGAUAGCGCCAGGAAGCUCGAGUUUGGCGACUGGAAUUACCCCGUCAUCACCGUAAGUGAGCCAGCGAGUGCGCGGUAUAUGUCGCCGCACCCCAGCCUAUACCAGCACACACCUACCGGUCGCUUCUCCAACCGCUCCUCAUCAAGCUCGGUGCCCACCCUCAAUCCCGAUGCACCGCUCGGACGACGAAAAAAGGAGGCCCCAGAAGGCCCCCAAGCAGGGGUGGGAGACAAGAAGGGCAAGAAGAAGGAUCUUUCCGAUGCCCGACGUCCCAGCUCGACUCACGAGACGGGCAUGGACCCACUUGAGAUCGCCUAUGGUCCGACUGUGGGGACACACACAGAAAUAACAACCGAUGACUUCAAGGUUGAUACAGACAGCGGACCGCACAAGCCUCACCAGGAGUCUGCUCGGUCAAGCCGGCGGCCUCACACGGCGCAAGAUGAUGACGGCGUGACACGGGAGGGAUCAGAGCACUGGGAAGGAGAGGAGGAGGAGAGGAGGAUGAAUCGCAAGACAAGCAGCCCCAACUACGACGCGGUUGAAGGGGAGGACGAGUUUCGGAACGUUUGGGGAAGGUGA